AUGAGGACGACAGAAGCUCGGAAGAUGAUCCCGCCGGCGGAUGAGCAAGAAGCGGCGCGGAAACAGUUCUGGGAGAAGUAUCCGCCGACCUCAAAGUGGCCGAUUCCUAAGGACCAAGAAUGGUAUUGGACACAGACCCCCAGACCCGUCGACUUGUUGCCCAUCUGGAAAUCCGUCUUCGCUAAUCCCGUCUUGGAACGCUUAGGUAUUCGUUCAAAUGACGACCCAACUUAUGGAAGAUAUGCGUUACCAUUUUCACCGCAUGAGAAGCUUAUUCGGGAGGACCAGCGAUACACAUGUUGGGACGGGCGGGUGUUUUUGGAGGAUGGUCGGACGGAUGGAGGCGCGGUGGCUGGGCCGGUCGACCAUAAGACUUCGCAUUGGGUCUGGUAUCAGGUCUGGUGGGACGAAGAGGCUUCCAAACGAACAGGGGUUGAGCUGGACUUAUUGUAUUGUCAUGGGAUAGGCGAAUACGGAGGCUCGUUUGCGAAGAAUGCUCGCACGUUCUUGGACGCUGGUCACGGUCGAAGCACGGGUUUCCAUGUCUAUCUGACCAACCUAGACUGUCUAGCACACGCAGUCCAUGUGGUUUUGGGCGACAUCAUCAAGCGAGACUUGGCUGCUCAUCGGCCCCAACGUCCGGUUAUCGUCGCAGGUCAAAGUAUGGGCGGGUUCACUACUGUGUUGUAUGGUCUGUAAGUUAUCUUCAUCGGAUUGGUGUCGGAUAAUUGCCCCCCCCCGUCCUUUAUUUUUUAGGUUACCUGCAAAGAUAUAUAUGGCGCUCAUGAGACUUCGUUUGUCUUAAGGUUGUAUCAUUCGCCAACGGUCAC